AUGGGAGUACCCAAGUUCUUUGCCUGGCUGGCACAGAAAUGCCCACAAAUGAUUCAUCCCGUGACCCGCGACUCCAUCGUUGACGUCGACAACUUGUACCUGGACAUGAACGGGGUGGUGCACCAGUGCCGGCAGGGCGCCAACAGCGAGGAGGAGCUCAUCGUGGCCACCUUCCAGUACAUCGAGGCCCUCGUGGACAUCGUGCGCCCCAAGAAGUACCUCUACAUGGCCGUCGACGACUCAUGA